UAUUUGAAUUUAAAGUUCAAAUUUAUGAAUUAAAAAAUUGAGUGUACAGAUUAUAUGAAUUUAUAUUCCGUAUAACAAAGAUAUAUGAAGGGAGGAUAAGAAGGUUGAAAACCCUUCACCGAGUUGAACCAGACCGGCAAUAUUGUUCGUGUAGAUCUGGAGCUCCAUAUUAAGAAGCUGUAGAAUGCUUAGAAAUGAAACGAUUGGAAGCAAAAUUGCGAAGCCGUUGGUGGAUCUCGAAGCUCGAAGAUGUUGCCAUUAUUUUGCAGGCUUCAAGCUUCUUCUCUCAGCUGGAUUUGCACGUUGUGACUUGGUGCCAUUGGUGGUUCAGGAAGCAAAUGGACAAAGGUUUGGGCAAAAUGUGAAUCCACAGAGAAGGAAGGAGUUGGCGUGGGAGCAGAAGCACAGCCACAAGUGUAAGAACCUCAAAAGGGAAAGAAAAAAGGAGAAGAAAAGAGAUGAUUGGCCCGUGAACGUUGCAUGUGAACAAAAAGAGCUGCUGCUAUAUUCAGUGCUGGCCUGACCUCGAUACCUUGUAGACCCACUCACAUGUCUCUUUUCGGCUUUCACAUCACCUUCUACAAUAAUAUUCACAGCUUUACUACUUAACCAUACAAAUGAUUGAAUCCCGAAAGCAUAGCCCAAACAGAGGUGAACACGAGCUUCAUUUUCAUUUUUCUAUCCAGUUUUGGAGGCAAAUAAAAGCUUUUGUAAAGAAUAGAAGAUGUAGUAAAAAUGUAUAUACAGUUACAAUUACACGGAAAGAUUUUGUGGUGGUGUUAUGAUGUAAGAAAAGGCUGUGUUAAGGUAAAAGAAGAGGGAAAUAGAGUAAGGCUGCGGGAGCAUAUGCAGAUGGCUGAUUUAAGAUGAGUUUUUAAGAGGCAACUGGAUGAGUCACAUGCAAUGACAUAUUAGCAUGUAGCCAAAAGGCCAUGUCGCUGUUUUUCAACUAAACAAUUCCUACCAGAAUUCACUAAAAGGAAAGCUUCCUAAUUAACAAAAGGGAGACUGCAGGAAAAAACAGAGAGAGAGG